AUGCCUCCGAAGCGGAAGGCCGGCGCAGGUGCCGACUCCGGCGCGCCGACAAAGGCAAGGCAGUCGAAGCUCGCCAAGGAGAACGACAUCACCGCCCAGGAGGAAGCGGAAAUCAAGGAAGCAUUCAGUCUGUUUUCGGAGCCCAUGGAGGGAGAGAAGGAGGGCGUCAUACCAACCGACGAUGUGCGCCGCGCCAUGAUUGCGCUUGACAUACCUCCGAAAGACAAGGACGAGCUCAACGAGUUCAUAUCGAUCCUCGACCCGGACAACGAAGGCUUCGCGACGUAUCCGUCAUUCGUGGCUAUAUGCGCGCUGAAACUACACGCGCGUGACGACGGCGACGAGGCGCACCUCCAAGAGGUCAACGACGCCUUUGCGCUGUUCACCGGCGGCAAUGUCGACGGAUCAAUCACACUGGCACACCUCAAGCGCGUCGCCGCUGUGCUGAAGGAAGAAGUCGACGACGAAUUGCUGCGCGACAUGAUCCUAGAGGCGAACGGUGGCAGUGGCGUGGGCAAAGGUGUCAAGAAGGACGAGUUCGAGAAGGUCAUGCAGAGGGCAGGCGUUUGGAGAUGA